CAAAAUGGACGACUCAAUCCGCGCGCGCUUUUUGCUCACAAUAUGUGCUGGCUAUUUCCAGAUGACGACUCCGUACAACAUACGCAACCACCCAUGCUGCCUGGAACCAAAUGAGAACCUGACGCUAGCAAUGAUCAUAGACGCUUUUGAGAUCUACGGCCAUGACCCCACCGAUAAGCUGGACAACCUAUGGCUCUAUCAGCACGAGAUGUUGAAAGUCAAAACGGCGGAGGAUCAAUAUAUGAUCAACGAGCGCGUUCACGUAGCGACCGAUCAUUUAGGGCGCUUUGUCAAACUGCACGUACAAGAAUUAAAAGUUCUACUGAUAACUCUGGACGACGUUAUCGAUAACAUGCUAACCAUGUACGAAAACCAUAACUCUAUUGCGGCUGAGAGGAAAGCUACAUACACCGGAGGUCCGGUACCAAUGGAGUUUUAUAUAAGCCAAGAGUUUUACUGCGGGAAAAACGUGUACUUGUUUUUCUCCGAGUUGUACAGUGACAUCUAUAACAUGGGACGCGGAUUGGCGCCUUAUUGCAAAGAUCGGUCAUUCAUCUUCCUAGGAUUCCUACAUUACCACGACGAACAAAAAUAUUACCUGAUAGACGAUCCCAGCAUAUCAUUUCCGACGGACAACUAUUUGCACGGACUGGAGUGUCACAUUGGUAUUUGUAUAUUUAGAUUUCCAUUUAAGAAGCUAUUACAAAGGGAGAGGGAUGUCACCACUUUACCGAAGGCUAUCGUAAAGUGCGGUUUGAUCAUGUACAAGCUCCCCCCGCUAACUGCCGCAACGUGUAUCAUUACUUCAGGAUCUUUCAUCCUGGACUUCAACAUACAGGGGCUGCGAUAUCGACAUUAUGAUUAUUUAUUGACAACUCCAAACGGUAAUACCUAUUACACGAAAGAACCCAACACGCCGCUAGUUUGUGACCAUCAUGUUUGCGAAUGGAACUAUACAAACCAUUAUGGCGGUCCAUUCCUCAUUCCCGGAGACCCGGGCACAGGAAUAGACCCUGUACCUCCAUAUAUUGAGCCAACACCAAAGCCCGAAGAAGAAGACGUGGACAAUAUUACAGUUCCUUAUAUUCUAGAAGGUUGUCUAUUUAUGUACCCUCCUAACUACGGUUCGAUAGCUGGAAAAAGUUACUUGGAUCCAGUGGAACUUCACGAUGACAGAUUUACUUGCAACGCCGCUGGAGGGAGCAAGGGUUUAUAUUGGUAUCCCCAAUGGAUGGGGGCUAUGCCCCACCAUCCAUAUCCAUCUAUGAUCGAUGAGAAAGGCGCUUUCGAACCUCCAGGUGCUUUUUACCCACAUCAGAACUACGAGAUGAGUGAAGACGACAGUCUCGAUAAUUAGAUAUCCAAUACAUAAAAUGCACAGUAAGAGAUGCCAAUUACGUAGCCCACAAAAAUUGUAUAGUUGGAAUUCAGAAUGAAAUAAUCGGUGAGGGACUAAAGAGAGUAAGAACUCCAAUAUGGAGAGCAUUUUUUUAAAUAAAAUAAAAACAUUGAACGUCAA